UUUCGUUUCGUCGGGAAACCGGAACCCCCAAUUCCCCUUUCUCUUUUAGGCAAAGGACAAGCCUUUUGAAAGAGUUCCUUUUUUUCUAGGCUCACAAUAAUUAUGGAGCAGCACCACAUGGGCUGUGUGAACCUUUGUAGUCUCACGAGCAAUCUACCGGUGAUCUCCUAUCAAAAGCUGACGGAUUUACAUUACCUGAGCAAAGGUGGGUUCGGAAGCGUGUUCAAGGCACAGCAUUCCGAUUGGCGGACCACCGUUGCCAUCAAGUGCCUGAAAUUGGAUUCUCCUGUUGGCGAAAGGGAGAGGAAUUGCCUGCUGGAGGAGGCGGAAGUGCUCCACAAGGCCAGAUUCAACUACAUCAUCCAGAUCUUUGGCGUGUGCAACGAGCCUGAGUUCUUCUGCAUCGUCACCGAGUACAUGAGCAAUGGCUCGCUGGAUCAGCUGCUUCACGAGAAUAACCUUUACCCCCUGCUGGCCUGGUCGUUGAGGCUGCGUGUCCUGUAUGAGAUAGCUCUGGGGGUGAACUUCCUACACAACAUGACCCCCCCCCUCCUGCACCACGACCUCAAGACACAGAACAUUCUGCUGGAUGGGGAGUUUCAUAUCAAGAUAGCAGACUUUGGCCUGUCUAAGUGGCACCAGCUGUCGAUCAGUAAAGGCUCGGGAUCCAAGCCACCUGAGAUGGGAGGCACCAUCAUCUACAUGCCCCCAGAGGAGUACGAACCCUCCAAGAACCGCUGUGCAGUCGUCAAACACGACAUCUACAGUUACGCUAUCAUUAUGUGGGAGGUGCUAUCCAGGAGGAUACCAUUUGAAGAGGCAACCAACCCCAUGCAGGUCAUGUUCAGCGUACUGCGUGGGAUACGUCCCGACAUAGGCCUGGACUGUCUACCAGGGGACAUCCCCAGCAGGGAGACACUCAUCAACCUCAUGACCUGCGGCUGGACCGCCAACCCUGACGAACGGCCCUGCUUUCUCAUGUGUGUGAUAGAGCUGGAGCCAAUACUGAAGAGGUUUGAUGAAAUUGACAUCCUGGAGGCUGUGCUGGAGGUCAAGAAGUCAAAGCUGAUGAGGAGGGCAGGCUGCUACUCUGCCACACCCGUGGCGGGUGAGAAGGGGAGGGAGGAGAAGAUUUUAAACAUUCUGAAGGACAACCCCAGUCCCUGGCAAGGAAGUUCUGGCUCUGGGUCUUGCUCCUCCCAGGACACGGACAUUUCCCGACCGAGCUCCCUCACUAGCACCAAUGCCCCACAUUUUAAAGAAGUAUCCCUCACGUCGUUCAUGUCCCACAACCUGGAGCCCCUCAGAAAGCAGACCCUAGAGGACAACCACCUCAACGACUACCCCCAGAGUGCCAGGCCGCUGAAUAACCUCAAUAUUCCCCUCAAACCAGGCCUGCCGGAGACGGAGUGUGUGAUGCACCUGGACAACCUCACCCUGAAGUCACAGCCAUACCAACCACAGCCAGACAGACCUCCCCCUCCGCCUCGUGUCAUUGGAGGCCAGCCGGCUUAUACCAUCCAUCGGAUACUGGAUUCCCACCGGGUGCAGCGGUCCUGGCAGUAUCUGGUGGACUGGGAAGGCUAUGGUCCCGAGGAGCGCUCCUGGGUUCCUGCCAAAGACAUACUGGACCCUGACCUCAUUCGUCAGUUCAGGGCCCUCCACCCCGACAGAGCUGAUUUCACCCUGCCAUCAAACCCCCUCGGCCACAGGCUGGGCCCCAUGGCAUGCUGGAUCGCGGCACGGCGCGAGGAAAUCGUCUCCAAGAUGACGGAGGCCUGCCUGAACCAAAGCCUGGACGCCCUGCUUGCGUGCUCUCUCCUGAUGCCCGAGGACUACGAGCUGGUGGUGAACCGGGCCACCCGCACUGCCAAGGUCCGCCAGCUCCUUGACACCUGCCACCGUCACAGCGAGGACUUCUGCCGCGUGGUGGUCCGCAAACUCAAGGACAACAAGCAACUGGGCCUGCAGCCAUACGCCCCAGAGCUCGGCUCCCUUGUGGCCGCACCAAACACCAGCACACCCCCACUCUCGGUGUCCGACAACAACCCAAGGAAUUACUGGGACAGAACUAGUCCAGAGAAGACCAGACACCAGAAAGACUAUAAACUGUAACAGACUGUAGGUGGUGGAAAAAUACCCUACUGUCUCUUAGUCCUGGGUCAUUUUCAUUAGGCAACACAUGGAAGAAAACUAACUCAAACUGAAUAGACUACCUGAAUGUUUUCCUUUGCACAAUUUUUUUGAAACUUUUUGCUACAGUGUGCCCUAAUGAACAUGACCCUGGGUUUUUACUGUGAACUUUGACUUUAGUGGGGGAUGGUAAAGCCCAGCUGUCUCUCACAUUGCUUAUGGUGGUACCCACUCACACAGAGCAAAACUGUAUGUUGCUACUGUUCAUCAAACUGUUGAGCAAAAAUACUUAAAAAAACAAAAUCACAUCAUCUUUAGAAACAUUCCCGUUCUCUAAAAAGCAGAGGAUGGGUUGGGAUUGACAAUCAAAAUCUGUGAGUAUUUAAUCCAGGCUUUGAAUAAUUAUAUAAUUAUAAUUAAUAAAAUUAUAAUUAUAUUAUGGAUUUUAUAUAAUUUUUCUGGUAAAUCAUUUUGUUCUCUCAAAACAUUCCCUUUGUUCUGAGUGAUUGGGGUACAGGCCCUGGAGUCUUGAGUUCUGCUUCUAUGCAUCCUUCUGUUCUCUCCCCUCGGCACGGUUUUAUCCAGAGAAAUAUAUCCAGACAGACUGUAACAUCAUACUCAUCUACAGUAUGGCUCUGGUUUUACUCUUAUUUUCAGUGGACAGUUUAGACUCAUCUGUAGCUCUCCAGGUCCGAUAAGAUACUCGACUGGAGUUCUACCGUGUUGAGGUCACUGUAGCUCUCCAGGUCCGAUAAGAUACUCGACUGGAGUUCUGCCGUGUUGAGGUCACUGGAGCUCUCCAGGUCCGAUAAGAUACUCGACUGGAGUUCUGCCGUGUUGAGGUCACUGUAGCUAUCCAGGUCCGAUAAGAUACUCGACUGGAGUUCUGCCGUGUUGAGGUCACUGUAGCUCUCCAGGUCCGAUAAGAUACUCGACUGGAGUUCUGCCGUGUUGAGGUUACUGUAGCUCUCCAGGUCCGAUAAGAUACUCGACUGGAGUUCUGCCGUGUUGAGGUUACUGUAGCUCUCCAGGUCCGAUAAGAUACUCGACUGGAGUUCUGCCGUGUUGAGGUUACUGUAGCUCUCCAGGUCCGAUAAGAUACUCGACUGGAGUUCUGCCGUGUUGACGUUACUGUAGCUCUCCAGGUCCGAUAAGAUACUCGACUGGAGUUCUGCCGUGUUGAGGUUACUGUAGCUCUCCAGGUCCGAUAAGAUACUCGACUGGAGUUCUGCCGUGUUGAGGUUACUGUAGCUCUCCAGGUCCGAUAAGAUACUCGACUGGAGUUCUGCCGUGUUGAGGUCACUGUAGCUCUCCAGGUCCGAUAAGAUACUCGACUGGAGUUCUGCCGUGUUGAGGUUACUGUAGCUCUCCAGGUCCGAUAAGAUACUCGACUGGAGUUCUGCCGUGUUGAGGUCACUGUAGCUCUCCAGGUCUGAUAAGAUACUCGACUGGAGUUCUGCCGUGUUGAGGUUACUGUAGCUCUCCAGGUCCGAUAAGAUACGUGACUGGAGUUCUGCCGUGUUGAGGUCACUGUAGCUCUCCAGGUCCGAUAAGAUACUCGACUGGAGUUCUGCCGUGUUGAGGUUACUGUAGCUCUCCAGGUCCGAUAAGAUACUCGACUGGAGUUCUGCCGUGUUGAGGUCACUGUAGCUCUCCAGGUCCGAUAAGAUACUCGACUAGAGUUCUGCCGUGUUGAGGUCACUGUAGCUUGGUCUCAACUGGAUCAACCCCCAUUCCCUUUUGUUUGUCCCCAAAAAAUUGCACUAAUAUCAUUGUGUUUUGGGUAUUUCUUUACCACUGCCUUUCCAAGCCAUGUUUUUAUUUCUCUUGUAGACUGUGCACGUUCUGUUCAUAGGAGCUUUAGUCGACAUAGGAUGGGCCAAAGCUGUUGAGGCCUUAUCUCUUUAUAUGAUAUGUACAUCCCCAUCGAGAAGAAAAAGAAACGCACACCUAUUAAGGCGAGGUGCUGGCUAGCGGAUUAGAAAACUUGAAAAUAAAGGAGAGUCGCACACUCUAGGAGCUCAGAUGCAAAAAUGUAAUGUCCGACGGUAUAAUCAUCAGGGUAUAAUCAAACACUGCGAGAUGGCUUGUUUAUAUUGUGUCAAAAGACACACAGGUGUCUGUAAUCAUGGCCAAGAGUGGCCUAAUAUCCAUUGGUUAAUUCUCAAAUAUUAAAAUUGCAUACAAAGAACAGCAUACAAAAAACAAAUGGAUAGCAUACGAACAUAAAUAAAUUUUAGACUACACAAGCUUACAAACAAUUACAAUGGCAAAGUCACAAUAAUCAGGUCUCAACGUAGACUUUGAUCUGAAGCCAUUAUUGUGACUUUGCCAUUGUAAUUGGCCACACCAGAUACUGACUGUUACUUUUGAUUUUGACACCCCCCCUUUGUUCAGGGACACAUUAUUCCAUUUCUGUUAGUCACGUGUCUGUGGAAUUUGUUCAGUUUAUGUCUCAGUUGUUGAAUCUUAUGUUCAUACAAAUAUUUACACAUGUUAAGUUUUCUGAAAAUAAACGCAGUUGACAGUGAGAGGACAUUUCUUUUUUUUUUGCUGAGUUUAGUAACAUUUCCUACAACAGGAACUAACCCUUAGAGCUGGGGUUGGUUAUCCUGCACUUCAACAAAAACAUUCAGCCUCUGAUUGUGUGUCUGAAGCUAAAGGGGAGUCAGUCAGGCCUGCCCAAGGCCCAGGGUUCCUGUCUGGAAGCUGCUUUCCACUGUGCCUACAGGCCUAGGAUUAUUGCAGUUUAGCUGAAGUUGAGCCCAAAAACACAAUUCCCAUAGAUGGGUUAGCUGACAACAUCACUGCAAUGGAGCAGAAGUCCAGAUCGCUACUAACAAUGACAAAAACUGCCAUGUGGGGAAUCGUAAAUGACUCAUUUCAGCUAGUUUCAUAUUGUUCUUGAUACCUUUGUCUUGUUUUGACUUAUUUUAUGUCAAUGUUAAUAUGGAUACAGUUAGCUAGCUAGCUAACCAACAACUGUAACAAUGUAUUUGAGACAAG